AACAUAAAAAAAAGAAGAAGAAUUAAUAGUUUAAAGGUUAUUUGAUAAUUCAGGUUCCGGAUAUUUUGAUCUUGUACUUGUACUGUUCAUUUCUAUUCUAGUGUACAUUACUUAUUGAUAAGGAUAUAAGGAUAAAGAAGACAAACUAACGAGAACAAAAUGUAUUUGUACUAUUAUCUAGACGAUUUUGGCAAGAGACAAUACACGCUGAAGAAAUUCGAUCUCAGUGGAAAACCUACUUUGUCAGCCCAUCCAGCACGAUUUUCCCCUGAAGACAAAUUUAGUCAACAAAGAAUCAUCGCCAAGAGUCGAUAUGGGUUGUUGAAAACCCAAACAAAGGAACCCAAAUAUUGAACUUUGUAAUUUUUUAUGUUUUUUAAUAAAUGUUACUUUUAAAUUAAACAUUUUGAAUUGUGA